UGUUUACGUUUAAACUUUGAAAAUAACAAGUAUUUAGUAAUUUAGCCAUUCUUAUCCGGAUUUAUCAAUUAAUUAUAUAUUACUUUUGAAUUCAAUGUCAAAUUCAAGUAGAGUUAGUAGUGGGAACAUUUUUGGACGAGUAUUAUUACAAUAUGAACGUAAAUAGUUGAAUUUAUCUGUAAUUUAAAUGUGACAUUUAUUCGCGUAACAGCAUGUGAAAAGUAUUCAUAACAUUUGAAUACUUGUCACGCUGGAAUGUCCUAUAGUUAAGCAAUACUGAUAUACUUGUACAGGAUAUGUAUGCGUGUACGUAUAUAGAAUUACACGUUACACUAUGUUCCCUUUAAAUUUGUACAUACUCAUGUUAACUGUUGUGUACACGCGAAUAAAACGGUGAAAUAUAUCGUCUAGUGUUAAUGAUUACACACGGCAAUGCAAAUAAGCAUGAAUCCGAUAAGUAGUUCAAGCGUUAUGAAUAGUUCUCACGUAUUGUGCUACGUGGAUCUCAGGAUACCUCGCUUCGUAUUGUUUCAGUAACCUAGCGUUUAUGCUCACUACAAGAUGGUGAGGUUAGGAUGUGUUUACUUGUCAGACUCUUUAGUGCAAGAAAUAAAACGCAACCGCAAUUUAAACAGAACAGGAAUGUAAAUAUGAAAAGUGGACAAUAUUGAAAAAAAUCAUGUUUUUCCCGAUCGGGUGGCCACGGGUUCUGAACACGACAGACCCGGAGAAGAUAACUGCAAUCGUUUGUAACAGGGAUAAGAUACUUUUCUCUGUUUUGACCACAGAUUCUCUAACCAUCUGGAAUUGCAAGCCAUGCGUACCCAUUGUAUUUGUCAGAAGAACCACGGAUUCUUUAAAGAAACAUGGCGAGAAUAUUUUGGUACAGUGGAGACCAGAUUCCAGUAUGUUGGUUAUUGCGACUUCAGAUAGCUAUCUUUUAUUUUACCGAUUGUCAGACUCUAGCCCAGAAGGGAGAGGUCUUUAUGAACAAAGAGAUUCUCCGGUUACUAGUUUAAAAAGAGAUAGUGCUGAACUUUUUAUCAAAGAAAUUAUUCCUUCUUUAGUCUUAACAUUUGAGAAAUCAGCAUGGAUAGAUGGUGGUAUUAGUUCUUUAGUUUGUAUACGUGAUGAGUUGAUGGUAGCUACAAAGACUAGCCACAUAAUACGUCAUAAAUGGGAUGGCACUGUGAAUAGAGAUUAUUCUCUUGAUUUAAGGAGGAUACCAUUUAGCGUAGAUCAACAAAUAUCUACUGUGGCUGUACCACUGACGGAGAAUAAUGUUUAUGUUACUGACAUCGAAUAUUCCCCUUUAGUUGGUGGAUUUGCAAUUGUUCUUAAUACUGGCAAAGCAGCAUUCCUCACUGCACAGUCACUGAAAUUUGAUCCUAAUCAAGUACAAGGAAUUUGGGCUAGAGAUGUUGAUGAUGCUACAUGUGCAGCUGUGAAUCAUAAAUAUCGCCUUAUUGCGAUUGGCAGGCAAAAUUCUGAAGGUGUAGUUUACUAUGUGGAUGAAACAACAGGAGGUUUAGAGAUGUCGCAUACGUUAAGUCUAUCUUCAAAAGAUUAUCCAGGAAGACCAGGUCGUGUAAGAUGCUUAAGGUGGACUCCUGAUAGUUGUGCCAUAGCAUUAGCUUGGGAAGAUGGUGGCCUAGCAGUGUGGAGUACAUUUGGUGCUCUCUUACUUUGUAGUUUAAAAUGGGAUUAUGGUUUAAGAGUAGAUUUGUCUCAUGAUAAUCCUUUACAUAUCUAUACAAUGGAAUGGUCUGCAGAAGGCUAUCAGCUUUGGAUGUUACGAGAAUCUCCAGGUCCGUCUUUGACCGAGGAAAAUGGAAAUGAAACAGUUAAUUUAAGACGUUCUUUGAUACAGUUAGAUUUUGUAAAAAGUCCAUUAACAAUUAAUCCUUGUAUGGGACAUCAUGGACAUUUGUAUUUGCAAGGUGAAGAUAGAUUGUAUUUAAAUCUUGGUAGCGGAGUGUCUACAAAUACGUCGACUUUUCAUACUGGCAGUGAAAUUCCUAAUGACUCUACAAUGCAAACACUUGCGGGCUGUAAACAGUGGCUAGUUGUUCCUAUUCCUACUGCAUAUAGCGGUUCCAAUUGGCCAAUAAGAUAUACUGCUAUUGAUAAUGAAGGUAUGAGUAUUGCUGUAGCUGGACGAACAGGGUUAGCUCAUUAUUCUUUACCUACACGUAAAUGGAAACUUUUCGGCAAUGAAACUCAAGAACGUGAUUUCAUUGUAACUGGUGGUUUAUUAUGGCAUCGAGGUUUUUUAAUAGCCAGUAGUUAUUCGAUUUUAGACGACAAAGAUGAAGUUAGAAUAUAUCCUCGCGAUGCACGUUUGGAUAAUAAUUAUGUUAGAACCGCCAGAAUGACAUCGCAAGUGUUAUUGCUCAAUACAUUGAAAGAUAGACUUCUAACGUUUUGCGCUAAUGCGCAAAUAAGUAUUUAUGACAUGGUACUAGAAAGCGGUAAUGAUGCAGGAAGUAUUGAAUUAAGAAGAUUGCAGACUGUAGAUGUUAGCGGGCUUUGUAUCCACCCUGCUUGCGUUGUAAGUGCCACUUUGACUACUAUACGUGCAGAAACUGCUGGAAGUCAUCCACAUCCUGAAAGUCUUUUGUUGAAUGUGUCUGGACGUCUUUUAAUGGUUCAACGGGAACACUGUACUGAUAAUUCGGAAGUUUUGUUUACGUGCAGUGCCCCAACAGUAUUAGCCUCUUAUGUAGAAAAUGUUUGGGUACCAUGGAGAUCGAGAAGAGAUAAGCCACAUUUGACAGAAGCUCUGUGGUUGUUUUGUGGUGCUCACGGUAUGCGUGUUUGGCUUCCAUUAUUUCCAAGAAAUCAUCAAGAAAAAACGCAUACGUUUAUGAGCAAACGGAUAAUGUUACCUUUUCAUUUACGUAUUUAUCCUUUGGCUAUACUCUUUGAGGAUGCUAUAUUAUUGGGAGCAGAGAAUGACACAGUACUUUUUACUUCGGAUACAAAUUCUCCUUUCUCAUUACCUUUCAGUUUAUUAGAACUUACAAGUCAAGUUUAUCUUCAUCAAAUAUUACGGCAACUUAUUCACCGUAAUUUGGGAUAUCAUGCUUGGGAAAUUGCUCGAUCGUGUUCUUCACUGCCAUACUUUCCACAUUCGUUAGAACUUCUACUUCAUGAGGUACUAGAAGAAGAAGCAACUAGUAAAGAACCAAUCCCAGAUGCUCAGUUGCCUUCUGUGGUGGAAUUCAUCCGUGAAUUUCCAGGAGUGUGGGCUAGAGCAGUUGUACAAUGUGCUAGAAAGACUGAAAUAGCACUCUGGCCUUAUUUAUUCUCUGUUGCUGGACCCCCGAAGAAGCUCUUACAAGAUUGUUUGCAACGUCAACAACUCGAUACUGCUGCUAGUUACUUAAUCAUUUUACAAAAUCUAGAACCUUCUACCGUUAGCCGACAACAUGCUACUUUAUUGUUGGACGCAGCUCUAGAACAGGGAAGGUGGGAGCUUUCAAAAGAUCUCGUUCGGUUUCUCAGAGCGAUUGACCCAAAUGAUGUGGAAUCACCGCGUACGUCUUGGAGCGGAACAUCAAAAUUAGGAGGACCUCCACAAACGCCACCCCUUUCUCCUCACGAAGAUGAUUUAUCUUUAGUAUUGGGAACUAUGCAAGUUUCGAGGAGCCGAAGUUACAGUACUACUGUGACUCCGAAAGUGCAACCUGAAUUAGUAGCUAAAGAUAUAGCUCCUUCUUCGAUGUUGGAAAAGACUAGAAAUGUAGUUAUGAGACGCAAAAAGUCUGUACCUACAAAUACCUCUAAAACAGAAAAGGCUGAUAACAAGGAAGGUUCAGCUGAAGAAUUUUUCAUCGAUGUAAUACUACAACGUCACGCCCGUCGAUUACUCUCGGCGAAACGACUCGCAGAUUUAGGUAGAUUUGCAGCACGAUUAGAUUUCCAUUUAGUUACAUGGUUUGGCAGGGAGCGAGAUAGAGCAGCAAAAAUUGACGAUUAUGUGGCAGCAUUAAAAGCAGUGCAUGAAGAUUUUGCAUUUGCUUAUCCUGUACUGUCUCUUCCAACUUUACAAAAAUUUCGAAGAUCCAGUCUUACGUCUUUACGUUCAAUAAGAUCGGUUAGCUUAGAAAGUCCAGAAGAUGAACCAUUGAAUUCAAGUUUCGCAGUUGAUUUACCUGACAGUGGUUACACUAGUUUACCAAGUGGUCGACCACCUUACACCAGUUUAGUUUCCCCUGUUGCCAGUUUAGAAACACAAUUUCCUGCUGCUGAAACCAAAUUGACAACAAAUAUGUUACAUGAUGCCAAUAGUGUUCUUAGCGAUAGCAGUACCAUUUGGAGAGAUGAUACCGAGUCCAUUGUUGGGACAGGAGUUGGAACAGUGUGUUGGGUUCCACCGGAACCAGUAGAACAAACCGAAGUUCAUAACGCUUCUCCUUGUGCACCGAUAAGUCGAGCAGAAGUACAACUAAGAUACCUUUUACAAUUAUUUCUUGAAGGCGGUUGCUUAGGAUGGGCUGCAGUAUUGGCAACAGUUUUACGUGAUGCACCUGCCAUGGCUAGAACUAUUAGGGCAGCUCAUGCUCCUAUGCAAACAUUUGAUUCCGUAAUUAAUCUAAGAGAUGGUCUUCUUACUUUAACCAGAUGGUCACACACGGAAUGUUUGGGUUAUAGACCGUUCAUGUCAGCCAUCCAGGUUCAGAUUUCCUUGUUGAACAGACUAGUUGUAAUUAAACAACAACAAGAACAAGAGCAAAUUCCAGAAAGUCCAUCUCCUAGCCCUGCACCUUCUGCUGGUAGUAAUCAACGAGGAAACUUAUCUCGAUCCCGGCAUUCAUCAAUUAGUCAUGCUUCGACAACUGCCCCGUUAGAAGAAGAGAGAUCCCACGAAUUAUCACUGACAGUCGACGAGGUGUCCUUCCGAAAUAACUACAGUAAUCUCAAUAACGCUGAAAAUACUUCUACACAGUCUACGUGUGUAAUCUCGUAAAGCAAUACCGUCUUCAUAAAUCACAAACACCAUAUUGCAGCGUUUAGUAUAGUAUAGACAGGUAGGUAUGAACAUUCGUUUAAAUUCACUUAAGUAUUCAUUUGUUACUGCAAUUUUACUUAAAGCAAUAUUGGAAUAAAUGUAAACGCCAUCAAAGUCUAAGUUUAAAAAAUGAAUUGUACAUGUAAUGAUAAAGAAAGUUAUAAUAACUUUUAAUUGCAACAUCGAGUGUAAUAGUUAAAAAGUGGAUAAUAAUUGUAUACACAGUCUCCUAAAAAUUGUACUGUUUCUCAAUUUUUUAAGCAUUUCUAUAUGUGUAAAUAUGUUCUUGAAUUCGUAGAAAGGUUACUGUUGACAUAUUUUUAGAUUCAUUCUUAAAAAACUUAACAAAUAGUAGCGAUUAAAAAAAAACUAAAACAUGACUGAUACUAUUUCUUCCUUGAUUUGUAGACAAUAUACCAUAUAACGAGUAUCGAUAUUGAGUGCAAUUGGUAUUAGUAGGCUAUAGAGUUAACGGAAAUUGAAAUAAUAAUAUUGACUUUUAAUAUUUUGUACAUUGUAAUAUUAUAUUGACUGAAUUACAAACAAAUAGUAUGCAGUGAUUGUUAUCUAUUUCAGUAUAAAUUAAUGAUUUUAAGAAAUUUGCAUUGUAAAACUUAUCAGGAACACAUUGUGUUUAAGCAACGGUUAUUCGUUAAAAAUGACCGUCCUUUAGAUUUGUUUCUAACACAAGUAAAAGCGAGUGUUACGAAAUCAAAUUGGAAGCAAAUCACUGUGUAAACCAAUGUCAAUAAUUUUGUAACUGAUAUUAUUAUAGAUAUGUAGAAGAAAAGAAUUAGAUGAUUGAUAAAUAGUAGUUUGUACAAUAUAAAUUUGUAAACGAAUGCGAAUCCGCAACUGGUUACGUUCAUCCAAAGAGAAUUGAAAAUGAUGUACAUAUUUUAAUGGUUGCCCAUAUUGUGCAAGAAUAUUAUAUUUAAAAGAAACAUGAAUACUCAUUAAAUAAAUUCUGUAAUAAGAAAAGUAAAGCAUUUGUACCGUAUAACAAAUUUUUAAAACAAUAGUUUUAAUAUUAAAUUUACACAGUAACUUUUUAUAGCAAAAUUUGAAUUACAUGCUCCUACAGGUGAAAUAUUAGAAACAGUAAUUUGAUAAUACUUGAACUAUUUAUUUUCUGAUAUAUCAGUAACACUGUGUAUAAUUUAUUCUUAAUCGGAGCACUGUUUGGCAUCGAUAUGUAUAACUAAAACCUUACAUACAAUUAUGAAUAAAAAUAUGUCGUUAAUUUUUUUUUAGUAAAAAUAAAUUCUGCAAUAUAAUGGAAGUAGAUUGAUAGGGUGAGGUAUUAUUGAAUGCUCUAAUUCUGGCGAGCUACAAAUAGUAUUUAUUUAAUAUAUUUUAUAUAGAACAUAUUUAAGUAUACGUGCAGAUUUAUAUUUUUCAAUCAUGUGGUAAUAAAAUGAUUGCACUUUCUGUUAAAUUACCGAUUUCGCGUAUUAUAAUUUUGAAAUACAAAUAUUGAAAGAAAGCUUGCUUGUCAUAAAUAUUGACAAAUAAUAAUCAAAAUUAUUUAUAAGUAUUUAUAUUAAAUUAAUAUAAACUUAAUAGCUAUAGAGAAAUAAUUCAUGGAUCAAAACACUUAAGCCUAAUUACUAAUAAUUAUAAUUAUACCAUUAUACAAUUUCUGUACUGCAGAGAAAUUGUCUAAUACAUCCCCCUUCAUAUGUUGGAUUGUUUAAUUAAAUGAAGGAAAUGGAUUCCUUGAAUAAGUCACAUGUAUCAGUUGCUAAAUUUAAUGUAAAAACCAUAACAAUGGAUACUCAAUGUGGUCUUGUAUAACAAUAUUACUUAUUCAUAGAAAAAACUGUGUAACACUAAUAUACUGUUUAUACAUAUAUACAUAUUGUAACAUAGAU